AAAUAACUCUGGCAUCACGGAUGCGUUAUGUCAGUGUAUUUUAAGCUUUGUAAAGCAAGACAAGGAGAUAGAAUCACGUCAGCCCCUAUCGGACACGUUAUUAGGCCUUUUGACAGAUACCAUUACCUUGUUGGAAGUCAACCUCAUCCAGAAACUCUCUUCUUGGUCGCCAAAGGAAAAAUUAAAAAUGGCAGUGAGAAUGGCUGAAUAUAUGGUGGAUCGAUUGAUACGAAACACGAUGCAACUCGAGGAAGAGAAAAGGUUACGGUCGAGUACGACGACUGUUCAUGGUGGUAGUAGUAGUAGUAGUAGUCAACGAAAGAAAACGUCGUGGGCCGCUCGACGCAAACGACAAGAGGAAUUGACAGAGCAAACCGACGUAUGGAGCAGUGUUGUCGAUCAAUACCUCUGUUCAGAGAGACUGUCCGCGAUGAACGGCGACCACGAUAACGAGGGUGUUUGCCGCCAAAUGUAUCUACGUUAUUGUAUCGUCAAAGCCAAACGAGCAGAAUGUCACUAUGCUAUUGAGGACGCGUACCAUUGGUAUGUUCAAGCCAUGUCAUGGAUGGACAAGUGGACGACACUUGCUCGAGGAGAGAUCCAUGGGCAAAGCAUGUAUGACGCAAAGAUGUGUCAAGAGGGUCUUGAGAAAAAGUUGGCGCUUCUUCAGGUGGUCCGUUUAUAUAGAGAGGCAGAAAAAAAGAUGAAAGAGGGCGAUGAGAAAGGGGCGAUUGAGGUGCUCGAAGAGGUGGUGGUACCGCUGCUAGAAGAAAAAGAACUAGGAGCGACAGACGAGACGCUUCAGAUGGUGAGCAUGCUCAGUGAAGCGUAUAAAAAGACGGGUCGUGUCAAGGAAGCGUGGAGGUGCAGCACGUUUGUGUUUUGUCAUUUAAUGCAGCAGUUGCUUUUGUACGGCAACCAGCCUCUUUCGAUCGAACAGCGGUUCAACAAAGAAAGGAACAAGGCGUUUUUCCAGUAUGUGAGCAAGAUCAAUGAUAGUUUGGAUACCUUUCUCCUGAUCCAGCAGCAAACAAAAGAAGCGCAAGGUAAAAAAGGUGUGUUUUUUUUAUGAAAGGAGGCAGUUUCGGAUGCUGACUUGUUUUUUUACGCGACAUGAUAGAUUAUUUGGAUGGAACGCAUCCAACGUUGUUUGCUCAGCUCGCGUGUUUGUUACGCAUGACGGUUUACUACUUGUUCCGCCAUCCUGAUUUUAUACCGUUGGUCAAUAAUUUUACUGAACCGGAUGUACCACAGCAUCGACCGUCGAAAACAAGCAAAGGCAACGUGUUUAACCAAGUGAUUGUCAAGGCGUGGGUGUGCCAGUCGUCUUUGGUGCAAACCAAAGUGCGACAACAGAUGCAGCAGCAGCAGCAGCAACAGGAUGUAGGAAUGCAUG